AUGGCUAUGGCUAUGGAUCCAACUGCAACAGCAACUUUUGAUGAACGAUCAAGAAUAUAUAUUCGAAUGAGAAAAUCAAGUCAACAUUUACAGUUCGUUUAUCCAUUAAGUCUUGAAUUUCAGCGAUAUAUCCAGAUAGGAACAACAGAAGAAUACAAGGAUACAAUUCCUUAUGAAUUAAGUGAUAACAGCAAGAACAUCGAUCUUCAGUUGUCUAAAUUAUCCGAAAAGUCUGAUCUUUACAGACUUAAUGUUCGAAUAACCGAUAAAUCAGGCGUGGUCUUCACAAACACAAAUGUAAUUCGGUUAUCACCAGAUGGAACACUUAAUCCAAAUGAUAAUAUUCCGAUGAAUUUAAGAACUUUUUAUGUGAAGAAAGUAACAAAUAAAAGUACUGAUCAGGAAGAAGCUGUUAAAAGGUCGAAUUUUUUAAAUCAUCUCACAACAUCAAAAGCUCAAGAAUGA